AUACAUAACAAGUAUGGCGGCGCCCUCACGGACAGAGAAGCAUGGAGUGAAAUAAAAGUGGAUUUAAAACAGCAGCUAUUGCUUCGGACUGUGUUGUUUAGAGUCAUAUAACCUUAUAAACGAAGCUACGGUGAGAAAUGGGAUAUGAGCGCCUACUUUGCGGAGCUCUGGAGCGGUACUCCAGGCUCUUUCGACUCGGCAAUUUUCAGCAGAAAGCUCGAGUCUUUGAAAAUGCGACCCAGUCGAGCGGGGAAUCCACGCGAUUAUUUACCUGGUUCGGACAGAACGGGGAGAUUCUUGCUCCCACAGCCCGCCAGGUAGCAGCCCGUCGAGGCUACUGCAGCUCCACCCAGCCUGCCAAAGAUGUCACCCUGUUCGAGCACGACAGAACCCGCUUCUUCCGGGUGCUGACGGUCUUCUGCGGCGGCCAGUUCGUCUUCUGGACGUACCUGGCUCAGUUCGCCUUCACCGGGCUCAGAGACACCGGCGGAAAGGGCCAAGCUAAGGCGCCCACCACCACCGGACUGGCCGGGAUGUGGAGUUUCGAGAUGAACCUGGGUUCAAACGCCUGGAGGUACGGCUUUACCCUGGGAUGCCUGACCAUAGGAGCGGGGAUAGUCGGGCUCGGGGCUCUGUUCUGCCGGAGGUCGGUCAGUAAGGUGAUUCUACAUAAGGGUGGGAGGAUGGUGACGGUACGGACACAGUCCCCUCUGGGACCAGGCAGAGGCAGGACCAUUAAUGUGCCACUAAAUCAGGUGGCCUGCCACUCUCAUAGACAGGAGUCCCCCUCGUUCAUCCCGCUCAGAGUCAAGGGCCACCGGCUCUACUUUCUGCUGGACAAAAAUGGGACCGUAAACAACGCCAGGCUGUUUGACGUCACUGUUGGUGCAUAUAGACCAUUUUAAUACGACAUGAUGUGGAUUAUUUACUGUUAAAUAAAAUAUUUGAAAUAAAAUGUCAGCUCAUAAAGAUUCAAUUUGUAUUAAAACAUUUAAAAUCCUC